AUUAAAAUAUAAUCUUGUGUUGAGAAUGUGAGAGUGGUAUAUUUAGUGAUAUAUAUUCAAUUCGUUGUGUGGAAGCUUUAUUCAUUUCUGACUCUAUAGUGCGAUUGAAUUAAAACCCGGAAGUAUUUAAAUGACAUUUUUUUAAAAAGCUGUGCACCGUCUAGCCAAUCCCAGCGAGGAAGCCUAUACUACCAGCCAAUCACAGUUAAGAAGGGCGGGAUUUGUCAGAGGUAUACAAUGCGAGGUACGUGCGAAAUGACACGAGCAGUCAGUUAAGUUUGUCGAGGUGUCUCGAGUUGAGUUGUCGUGGAUUUUUUUGUUUAAAGUUUAAAAUGACUUCGCUGUUGUCCACCUUAAACAGGUGCUUACGCUCUACAGCGCGACUCUGUAACGUGUCUCAACCCAAAGUCGUGUAUAAAUCCCACUUUAUAGCAGGAGGAAGAUGGUCUACAAGAUGGUCUUCAAGGUUCACACACACGACCGAGGCGGCGCGUGGAUCACCUGCUUCCGGUAAAUAUAGAAAAGGUGUGCUGAUAGCCACCGGCGUGUUCGGUACCGUCGCUGCAGGCGUGUGUCAUCUCCAGCAGGCUGAAAUGGCAACCAGGGUGAAGAAGAUGGAGGAAGAGGAGGAAGGAGACGUCGCGGAGAGAUGCAGGAGUUUCAUGUCUCCUCCGGUCACCGACGUGCGCGUGCUGGAGCGGAGGAAGCAGGAGAUGAGCAGCAGGAUGGAGAUGCUCAUCAUGGAGACCCAGGCUGAGUUCUGCAGAGCGCUCCAGGAGGUGGAUGGAGGAACCUUCAAGGUGGACCGCUGGAGCCGUGAGGAAGGUGGCGGAGGAGUCAGCUGUGUGUUACAGGACAGUAAGGUGUUUGAGAAGGCCGGCGUGAACGUCUCGGUGGUGUUCGGUCACCUGUCUGAAGAAGCGGCCAAACAGAUGCGCAGUCGCGGAAAACAGCUGAAGGCGAAAGACGGGAAGCUGCCCUUCAUCGCUAUGGGCGUCAGCUCCGUGAUCCACCCCAAAAACCCCCACAUUCCCACAGUGCACUUCAACUACAGAUACUUUGAGGUGGAGGAAGCAGACGGCAGUAAGCAGUGGUGGUUUGGAGGAGGAACUGAUCUGACUCCAGUCUACAUUGACGAGGCAGAUGCUGUUCAUUUCCACAGUGUUCUCCGUGACGCCUGUAACAAGCACAACCCGCAGUAUUACCCCGACUUCAAGAAGUGGUGCGACCGCUACUUCUUCAUCCGGCAUCGCAGUGAGACCCGGGGCAUCGGCGGGAUUUUCUUUGACGAUCUGGACUCGCCCAAUCAGGAGGAGGCGUUCAGCUUUGUGAAGAGCUGCGCCAAGACGGUGGUGCCGUGCUACCUGCCCAUCGUCCGCAAACACCUCGACGACAAGUUCACGCAGCAGGAGAAGGACUGGCAGCAGAUCAGACGCGGCAGGUACGUGGAAUUCAACCUGGUCUACGAUCGCGGGGUGAAGUUCGGCCUCGCUACUCCCGGCUCCAGAGUCGAGAGCAUCAUCAUGUCUCUACCUCUCACAGCACGAUGGGAGUACAUGCACGAGCCCACUCGAGGCACUAAAGAAGCGGAGAUGCUGGAAGUUUUACGCAACCCUAAGGAGUGGGUCUGAAGUCACACGCGGAGACACUACAGGUCAUUAUAACGGUGAUGAUGUCAUCGUCGAAUCGCUCUCAGGCUCGUAACCGAGACUUCGUCCUCGGCGUUCUUCUGCCUUUACUUCUUUCUAGACGUCUGUUUCAGACUCGCCUUGCCCAUACUAACCCUGGUCUGUACGGGACAUGUCCUUUUUCACCCACCCGUGUCUCCUUUUUUAACACUUCUUCUUUAGCUUAGCGAGUGAUUUCUGCUGAUUCACGGCCUGAAGAACUGCUGCUCGUCUCCUGCGGUAUCGUUUCAGGUUGGAGCUGUAUGCGUCUGAGACCGGGCUGUACGACGUGAAUUCUACUGCUCAUGUGACACACUUGUAAUUAUUUUAUAAGAUCGAAUUUAUAGACGAUUAUAAAUGUUAUUCUUGUAAAAGGACCGUCCGCCUCUUGAGAGUGGGUGAAGAUGUGGCAUCGUGAUGUUAAAGGAAUACUUGAACAGUGUUUAUUUUUUAUCCUAAUCCCCAUCGUUCACACUUGUAGCGUAUGUUAUAAGCACAGACGAGGAUUUUUAACGAACGUUUUUCCUGUACUCGGGAACAAGAACUCGGCUACUACUGGCGUAGGACAGAAGUCUGAGGGCAGUUGUCGAUCUUCGUUAAUAAACACACGAUUGUAAAAUGGAGUUUUAAGAGACUAAAGGUCGGACAGAGACGAGAGAACGUCUUUUAUUAAAUCUGUUCUUAUGCUGUUUGACUUUCCAGUUCUGGAGAUGCAGUAAAAAAAUAAAAAAAAAGUAGUUCCGUCUCAUUCUCGUGGUAUCCGUGCGCCAUUAGAGCCACGACUACGACUACGCUGUAACGUUAGCGCAGUUACACCUUCCUCCCUCGGGAAAAAGUAGUUCCGGAUCGGGAUCGGACCGAUUUUAGAGCUCCGUUUAUGUGUGACGAACACCUUCUGAAAAAUUUACGGGAAAAUAGUUUUCCUUAAAAUAAAACCUUUAUGAGAAAUAUCCGACAGCUGCCCUCAGACCCCCGUUCUAAGCGAUCUAACGGGUUUCCUGCUGGAGAAACGUGGAGAAAUUCCUGAGGAUGCUCCUUUUAAACGUUCAAAUAAAAUUGCAUUAAUUGAAAUACGACAUUAAAACCUCUGGCUUUGCUUUAGAGAACUGUGUGUUCAUAUGAUUCAUCAUGAUUUCCAUAAGAGACGGUAUUAUUAUUACAUGUUCAUACGCCUUUAUUACGGGGGAAUACGUUUCUAAAAUGAUUUUAGCUUUGCUUUUAAUAAAAACGAGAAUUUCUUCGUAUAAUGUGCAUUGUUUGUUUUUUUUUUUUGUUGUUUUUUUUAUUUUAUUAUUUUGACAAAUCUGAAAUUAAAAUGCAUCCAACACUAUUUAAAGAUGUUUGACUUUAUACCCAUCCUUCAGACCAAUCAGAACGGAGAAUUCAGCAUCACUGUGCUGGAAAAACACCUUUAAAUCUCAUUGGCUCCCCUGCGGCUUUCUUUUUUUUUUACCUCGUAACGAAGCCUUCUCAUGAUCUCCUCCCUUUUGUUUUACCACCACAACGUCCGGAGGUGUUUUAUUCCUCUUACACCACGACGAUUCGCGUACGUCGUCAUGCUUUUCAUCCGUUUACUGUUACGUUUAACGUCGCGGAACAUUCAAGAAACAAGUUCGUUCCUGUUCUUGUUUACGUUAUAGCAGUCAUAAACAGUCGUUCCAUCAGCGGACAAGUCCCUGUGAAUCAGCCGUUACUAUAGAAACGAUAACGAGCGCAUUAAUAUAAACCUGUUGUACAGACGGUUACAGAAAAUUUACCGACGCCUUCUGACCAAUCGGAAUUGAGAAUUCAACAGCGCUGAGGUCGGUUAGCGAAUAUCACUAAAGUCGAGUCUCUAA